AUGUGGAGGUUACAUCAAAAGCUUAAAAUUCUAGCUAAGGAGUUGAGCAAAUGGUCCAGAGAAGGUAUUAGAGAUGUGUUGAAGAGGGUCAAAGACCUGGAAAAAGAUGCAGCAGCUGCUGAAACUGCUUAUUUAGCUUUAGACUCUGACAAUGAUGGAGAGCACUUCAACAGAUCCAAGGCUGAAUACAUUAGAUGGUUGAAAAUGGAAGACUCUAUCCUCAGACAGAAAGCUAGACUCAAAUGGGCUGAGGAUGGAGACUCCAAUACUAAGCACUUCAUAGUACUAUCAGGGACAGAAGGAGAAAAUCUCAAAUAUACAAGAUUAAGGAUCAACAUGGUCAAUGGUCAGAUGUUCACUGGAAAUACAAGGCUGGAGAACCUGGAUUUUGUUAGAGACUGUGAUAAUCUAAUCAAUGAUGAAGAUAACAUAUUUUUGACAAAGAUUCCAACUAUCGAGGAAACCAAAAUAGCUAUUGAUUCUAUGGAUCCAAACAGUUGUGGAGGACCGGAUGGGUACAAUGGCCAUUUUUCCAACAUAGUUGGGACAUUAUCAAAGUUGAGGAAGAUGGUAUUUGAUGAGAUGUUUAUCAAAUUGGUUUAUAGAUUGAUCUCUAACAACUGGUACUCAAUGAUCAUCAAUGGUACUAGAUAUUGUUCCUUUAAAUCAUCUAGAGGUUUAAAACAAGGGAACCCUUUAUCCCUUGCUCUCUUUAUUAUUGUUGCUGAGACUCUCUCUAGAGCCUUGAACUAUCUUUAUCAUAAUGAUAGAUUUUCUGGUUUCACUAUGCAUAAAAAGGGUCCUCAGAUAAAUCAUCUUAGUUAUGCAGACGAUAUUGUUCUAUUACUUCUGGCGAUAAAGUCUCUAUUAAGCUUAUGUUAA